CGGGGGGCGGCGUGGACGCCCGCGGCGCCGGCUGGGGCAUCACCGCGGGCCUCGAUCCCGAGAUGGCGCUGCUGGCCGAGCACCUGCUGAAGCCGCUGCCCGCGGACAAGCAGAUCGAGACCGGGCCCUUCCUGGAGGCCGUGUCCCACCUGCCGCCCUUCUUCGAUUGCCUUGGGUCCCCGGUGUUUACACCCAUCAAGGCGGACAUCAGUGGCAACAUCACGAAAAUCAAAGCCGUGUACGACACCAACCCCACCAAGUUCCGGACCCUGCAGAACAUCCUGGAGGUGGAGAAAGAAAUGUAUGGAGCGGAGUGGCCCAAAGUAGGGGCCACGUUGGCGCUCAUGUGGCUGAAAAGAGGCCUCCGCUUCAUCCAGGUCUUCCUGCAGAGCAUCUGUGACGGCGAGCGCGACGAGAACCACCCCAACCUCAUCCGUGUCAACGCCACCAAGGCCUACGAGCUGGCCCUCAAGAAGUACCACGGCUGGAUCGUGCAGAAGAUCUUCCAGGCAGCGCUCUACGCAGCCCCCUACAAGUCUGACUUCCUGAAGGCGCUGUCCAAGGGCCAGAACGUGACGGAGGAGGAGUGCCUGGAGAAGGUGCGCCUCUUCCUGGUCAACUACACGGCCACCAUCGACGUCAUCUACGAGAUGUACACCAAGAUGAACGCCGAGCUCACCUACAAGGUGUAGGCGCCGCCCGGCCCCGCCCCCGCGCAGAAGCAGGUGCACCCGCGUCACUGUGAAGCCACCCACCCGCGGCCCCCGCGGCCCCAGGGCAGCCCGGAGGGGCCCGCCGGGGCCUGCAGGGGAUGGCCCUGGCUUUUAUAAAGUUUUUUUUUUUUUUUUUUUUUUUUUUGGUGUAAACUAACAGAGCAAUAAAUAAUGACCCUCCUCCCGGAUCUCCUCUGUGUGGUGGGUGGCCCCCACCCCCACCGGCCUAACGUCCCUAACAGAUCAAGUGCUGGGGUGUCCGUUCCUGGCCCCCUGCCCCGCGCAGCGCAGGGCGUCCCACACCGGCCUUCAGACAGAAGCACACGUGCCCCCGGGAAGGUCGCAGCCCGAGUCGCAGCCCGAGCCGCGGCCCUGGCGGCCGGGACACUGCUGUCCCCCGCUGGCCUUGGCGGGGCAGUUUUGUUUUGUUUUUAACUAGCCGAACCCAACCAGCAAAGCUGUGCCAGCCGGGAGUGUUUUCUCCCUCCGCUGCCCAGGCGCACAGGUGACCUUAGGUGACAAUUUGCCUUGUCCCCAUGUAACCAUGGUUAUCUUCAGGGACGCAUCUCGGCCUGGGAGACCGGCCACGUGCCCCGCCCUCUGGGGGUGGCAGAGCCCCGCCCCCUGCUGCCGAGACCCCAGACUCCGCCUCACUGCCUUAACUGCCCUCCCCAGCACUAAGAGCUGUAUUUUUGCAAGAGUUGGGGCGACCAGGGCAGCCCCAAAAGAACUGAUGCGUGUUCAUGAGGAAAAAAACAACAACCAAUGAAGAACAAUUUGGUGAUUUUUAUGCAGAAAUGAAAUAAUCCAUAAUAAACAAAUCUCUAUUUUGGAAUCUCA